CUCUCCAAAAAAAACCAGGGACAAGUGCCGAUCACGUGGCACAUCAGCUGUUGGACCCUCUUGUGCUGCUCGACAUAUGGGUUCAUAUCCCUGCCUCUUUCCAGGGCAGUUAAACCACAGCUGCCAUCAGAGCUCCUGCUGAAGGGAGCACCCUUCUCCCUUUCUGCCCUGGGGACCCAGAAGGCCUGCACUCUCCCCUCUGCCCCAGGCAGUGCCUUGCUGCCCAGCCCAUGGGGACGCUUGUGGCCAAACUGCUCCUGCCCACCCUCAGCAGCCUGGCCUUCCUCCCCACCAUCAGCAUUGCUGCCAAGAGACGGUUCCACAUGGAGGCCAUGGUCUACCUCUUCACCAUGUUCUUCGUGGCGCUCUACCACGCGUGCAACGGGCCAGGGCUGUCGGUGCUGUGCCUCAUGCGCCAGGACAUCCUGGAGUACUUCAGCGUCUACGGGACAGCCCUGAGCAUGUGGGUGUCGCUGAUGGCACUGGCCGACUUCGACGAACCCAAGAGGUCAACUUGCAUGAUGUUUGGCGUCCUGACCAUGGCGGUGCGCAUCUACCAUGACCGCCGGGGCUACGGGGUGUACUCAGGCCCCAUUGGCACAGCCGUCCUCAUCAUUGCUGCAAAGUGGCUGCAGCAGAUGAAGGAGAAGAAGGGUCUGUACCCGGACAAGAGCGUCUACACCCAGCAGAUAGGCCCCGGCCUCUGUUUCGGGGCCUUGGCCCUGAUGCUUCGCUUCUUCUUCGAGGAGUGGGACUACACCUACGUCCACAGCUUCUAUCACUGUGCCCUGGCCAUGUCCUUCACCCUGCUGCUGCCCAAGGUCAACAGGAAGGCUGGGAGUGCAGGGCCCCCGGCCAAGCUGGACUGCUCCGGCCUUUGCUGUGCUUGUGUCUGACUUUGCACGCACAUCAACCCUCCCUGCCACUCCAAGUCCCGGGCCCCCACCCCUGUCCCACGGCUGGAGAAAGUCCUCCUGUCCUCCCCCACCCCAGGGGAUGUGGAUCCCAGGAAGUCCCAGAUUCGGGAAGUAUCCGGCCGAGUGCUUCUUGAGAACCCACUUAGUCGGUUCGUGCUGGGAGACCACACUGGAGGGAAGAGCUCCCUUCCCUGUGCCCCGAGGCCAAGGCCACAACAGGCAGGGGUGUCUGCCAGCCCUGGAGCCGGUGUCUGUCCCCUUACCUACCCCCCCCCCAUCACCCGGAGUCCCAGGCCAGUCCCGGCACAGAGAGGCUCUGCCCACCUCCCUGGUCCGUGUGCUCCUCACCCAUCUGUUUUCUACUUGGAAAUGGGUAUCACCACUUGGGUCCUGUGCCCUCAGACUCUGAAUGCACCCAUUUAGGGAGCCAGGCCGGUAUGGUCACUCUGUCCCUGGCCCAGGCCUGCCUACCCCCUGGCUGUCCCCCCAGCAGGGUCCCUGAAUCAAGCCAUUUCAAUACUAACAGCUGACUGGAAGGUCCCCACCACACUGGCCUUCCUGUGCACCAAUCACUUUAUGUCAGCCACUUCAUCUAAUUCUUAGAGCAGGUCUGCAGUGAGGGGUGGCCAUCCCCACAGCACAGACAGAAGCCCGAGGCUCCAGGUGCCCAGUGUGCUCAAGGCCCAGAGUGGGAGCGCAGAGCUAGGCCUCAGCUCACCAUCCACCCCCACCUCCCGCCCUGCCCAUGGCCCCCAGCGUGGACAUGGAGCAGAGGCCGCAGGGCCCACAGCUGGGCCCCUGGGACAGGGCUCACUGUAGAGUGGUGGAAGGUCAAUCUGCUCCCGUCCAGAGCCUGUCUGCGCCCAGCCCCAGGGCAUAGCAGGAGGGGGCCUCCCAGACAUCACUUCACAAACCCCCGCCUGGCCACAGCUCCGGCUCACUGGGCUUCCCGGAUCUGUUGGGGAGGAAGUUACCUGCACCUGUCUGGACCUAGUUACCCACACCCACUCCUACUGCACGGGGCAGCCUGCUGUGUCCUAACGUCACCACUGCACUCUCAGGGGGCCAGGAGAUAGCUGGCUCCAGCGCUCCAGGGCUGGGGACAAGGUGAACCCCUUGGCCAGGUGCCCCCAUCUAUUGGCCUCACUGACUGUCCAAGGUCCCCAUCUAGGGACCUGGCCACCCACAGCCUCACCCAGGCUCAGCCCCUUGCUGCCCCGAGAGCCCAUUAAUGACAGAGCAGCCCAUUGGCUCCUCACGCCAGAUCAGGGUCCUCACCAGGACCUGGGGAGUGGGUGCAUCAUCCCUCCAAUGAGGAAGUAGAGACCCCACAUGUUGUGUCCCCUCCAUAGGGAGGGGGCAUGGAAACAGGGCCUCUGUGCCCCGACAGAGGGCAGGGCAGGUGCUGCCUCCAGUAGCUUCUGGUCUGGUUGAGGGGGUGCACACACACACAGUGAGGAGAGAGGGCCUCCCAGGCCCAGUGUCCCACUCCAGCCCCGUCUCCACCUCCACAAGGAGAGGGGAAGACUCGGGGGCAGAGGGACGGCCUGAAGGCAUCGCUCCAGAAACAGCCAUCUGCAAGCUGGCCGGCCUCUGCCCCUCACCACCUCCCCUCCGCCCCACCAGCCCCUCGGCUCCCCUUGCCCCCCACAGCCAGCAUGCCCCAGCUCCUGGCUCUGCAACAGCACAUGGAAACUUGGAGGCCGUGGGAUGCUCCCGACCAGGGAGGAGGCGAGGGGCCUGCCAAGCGUGUAAGGGCUACUCACUGUGGCCGCGCUGAUCUAUGAGGCUGUCUGGGAGCACAGCCAAGUCUGCAAGUCAUGGGCAAUUAGGAGUGGUGCUCCAGCCCUCAGCCCUGUCCGCCGCUCGGGCUCCAGGCCCACUGUGCCCCUCCUAAGCAGCGUCAGCCCCACAGAGACCCCGCUUUGCAGAAGGGACACCGAGGGCCCUCACCCCUUGGACACUGGCAGCUGGGUUGGUGGUGGUGCCGAUCCUGCCCCUCAUCCCAGAGACCUCUUCCUCUGCCUGGAAGACCCAUUUUAUCAUCCUGGGGGCUCUACCCAGAGGCAGGAGGGAAGUGCCCAGAAGGGGACAGAAAGGCAGCAGGCCACCCAGAACGGCCACCCGAACGCCUCAAGACUAACAGGGAAGAAGUAUGAUAGCGUCCGAAUCAAAUGCCUCCGAGUCCACAUGUCCUUGAGCCCUGGGUCCAUGAUUCGUGGCACCUGUGCCAGCAAAGGCCUCCAAGGUCACCCCAGCCCCAAUGGGCUCCAGAGGGAUCCCCGUCCCAGCCCUGGGGCACUAGGGACGUGAGUCCUGAGAUUUCCUCCGGUGAGAACAUUGUCCUAGAUGUUACCAGAAGCCCAGCCUAGUUCUCUGCCAUGGAGGUGCUAGAGCCACCCAGUGUGGCAGCUGCCUGCUGCCCCUGGCCACCGAGCAUGUGAUACAUGACUGGUACAACAGAGGCACUAAAUCUUUAAAUGGCAGUUGAUUUUGGUUCAUUUAAAUUUAAGCAGCCGUAGGUUACAGCUAACAUACAGGAUGCCCGGUUACAUUUGAAUUUCAACUAAACAAUAAAUAACUCUUUCACCUACAAAUGUCCCAUGCAAUAAUAUAUGGGGCAUAUUUACUUGAGACAUACUUACACCAAAAAAUGAUUCACUGUUGAUCUGAAAUUCCAAUUUGACUCGGCGCCCUGGAUUUCGCCAGGCAAGCCUACCCCGAUGGUUAACAGCUACUGCAGGGGUCUGCACGUCUGCAGGACACAAGAGGAAUGGCCUGGCUCCCUGGACAUGUGGGUCUGGGGGUCCUGGGUUAAACCAAGACACAGGUAGAGGGGCUGCAGCACCCGGUACACAGGGCAUGGAGGUGGGGGUGGGGUGUCCCCCCCAAGCCGGACCCUUCCUGAACCGGGGGUGGGGCAGACACAGGCCCCACUGCCACCUCCCCAGGCCAUGGCCUGGCUUGCAGACCCUGCAGAGCAAGAAGCAGAGGCGGCCAAUGCCGGCCCGUGCCACACUCCCUCCCCGCGCACAUGCCCUUGAAACCCAGCUGGCACCUCCAGCAG